CCCUCGCUCCUGGUGGUGGCUUCGUGGGGUGCCGGGAGCCCUGGGCGCUUCCGCCCGUCUGGCUCAGCGCCGCGGCGUGCGAAGGCGGGUGGGGAGCACGGGACUGCGCCUCUCUGCGGUGGAUGGUCCUGCGGGCUCCCCGUGUCGGGCUGGGCCUGGGGGAGUUGGCUGUAGCUCCCCUCGGGACCAGGGCCCUGUUGAGCUGGGUGCUGGACAAAGGCAGGAUUCUCCUCCCGAAGCGCUUUCAGUCUAAAGAUUUGUUUGUCUGCACAAACAUGUCUCAAGAAAGUGAGCAUGGGAAAUGGACGGUAUCUAGCAGUGAUGAAAGUACAGAAGAAAAUGAUGAUAAUGCUGAAGAGCCAUCUACAUCUUCAUUGUCUCACAGUGGACAUGGCAAAACUAGUGGAUCACAGUAUCCAUGUUCAGAGGCUAGAAAAGUUGGUCACAAGAGAAAAGCCUCCCCUGUGAAAUUUAACGAUGCAAGUUUUCCAACAGGGAUUUCACCAGCAGAAAUCCAGAGAACUUCCCAAGAAGGUUUAGGCUGGUGCCUUUCAAGUAGUGAUGAGGAGCCUGAAUCUGAAGGUCAGCCACAGCAUGCACAAAAGGAAGCAGUCAAAGAGGAGAAAUACAGUGCUCCUAAAAAGCAGCCUUCACAUAGAUUUGAAGAUAAUGAGCUCCCAAUGAGCCAAAAGCCAGAAAAACAUUAUAAGGUAGCAAGUGAAGGCCAGGACACUUGGGAUUUGUUGAAUGGAGGGAACCCUUUCAGAUUCUUUGUCACUAAAGUCAAAGGUAUUAAGUCUAAGUACAACUCUGGAGCACUUCACAUAAAAGAUAUUUUGUCUCCUCUCUUUGGGACUCUUGUAUCUUCUGCUCAGUUUAACUAUUGUAUAGAUGUGGAAUGGCUCAUAAGACAGUAUCCACAGGAAUUCAGGAAAAAACCAUUAUUAAUAGUACACGGUGAAAAGCGAGAGUCCAAGGCUGAGCUGCAUGCACAGGCACACCCAUAUGAAAAUGUUCGUCUUUGCCAGGCUAAGCUGGAUAUUGCCUUUGGAACUCACCACACGAAAAUGAUGUUGUUGUUAUACGAAGAAGGUCUUCGAGUUGUGAUACACACAUCCAAUCUUAUUGAUGAUGAUUGGGACCAGAAAACUCAGGGAAUAUGGCUAAGCCCCCUAUAUCCACGGCUACCGCCUGGAACCACUGGUUCUGCUGGUGAAUCUGUAACCAAUUUUAAGUCUGACCUAAUACACUAUUUGAUGAGUUAUAAUUCCCCUACUCUCAAGGAAUGGGCUGACAUCAUCCAAGGGCAUGAUCUUUCAGAGACAAGAGUAUAUCUGCUUGGAUCAACCCCAGGACGAUACCAAGGCAACCAAAAAGAAAAAUGGGGUCACCUUAGACUUAGAAAGCUUUUGAAAGAGUAUACAUCAGCAAUACCAGCACAAGAAUCUUGGCCAGUGAUAGGACAGUUUUCAAGUAUUGGAUCAAUGGGAGCUGACCAGUCCAAGUGGUUGUGCUCAGAAUUUCGAGAGAGUUUGGUUAUGCUAGGCAGUAGUGUGAAGACUCUAGCAAAACCUGACGUUCCUAUUCAUUUGAUUUACCCUACUGUGGACAAUGUGAGGCAAAGUUUGGAAGGAUAUCCUGCUGGUGGCUCUCUUCCAUACAGUAUACAAACUGCACAGAAACAACUUUGGCUACACUCUUAUUUCCACAAAUGGUCAGCAGAAACCUCAGGCCGCAGCCAUGCUAUGCCUCACAUUAAGACUUACAUGAGGCCAUCUCCUGACUUCCAGAAGAUUGCGUGGUUUUUAGUUACAAGUGCCAAUCUUUCCAAAGCUGCCUGGGGAGCUCUAGAGAAAAACGGCACGCAACUGAUGAUUCGUUCAUACGAACUUGGAGUCCUUUUCCUGCCUUCAGCAUUUGGAUUGGAUACAGGUUACUUCCAUGUGAAGAAGAAAAUGUUUUCAGGAAGUAAUGAGACAGUGACAUCUUUUCCUGUGCCUUAUGAUCUGCCCCCAGAGCAGUAUGGAAGCAAAGGUAAGGCGCUAAUCAUUGGGGUGAGAGAGCUUCCCACGAGCUCGGAUACACACUGGACCCAGCCCUGCUGGUGUUUUCCCAGCGCUGAGGCCGCCCAGCUGGGAGCCCAAGGGGCAUGCAAUGGAGAGAGCUCGGGGGCUGGAGGAGCCAAGGAAGAGGUGCUGGGCUUGCUGGACAGAUGCUUCCCCUCUCUGCCAGAUCGCCCAUGGAUUUGGAAUAUUCCUUAUACCAAAGCACCUGAUACACAUGGAAACAUGUGGGUUCCAUCAUAAAAGCAUCAAACCCACUGUGAGAUUUCAGCAUCUGACGCUGAGCCUCCUACCAUAGCUGUGAGACUAAUUAUUUCUGAUUUUCAGAUGUGGAGUUGUGCACUGGAUAACUAGCUUCUUAUUAUGUCAUAUGUCAGUAAUACUGAGGAAUUGUUUUGGGGAGGAGAGGAAGGGAGAAUCCUUGGGGAAUAUGUAGCCAUAUUGAUCUUUAUAGAUGUCCUAAAAAUAUAACACUGUAAUUUUAAACUACCAUUUUAUAUAUUCUCUUAUUGUAGUGGCCGUUGCAUUUUGGAAGGUGUUAAAAUAACAGUGUAAGCUUAUGUUCAGAGGUUCCCACUGUUUUUAGCCAGAAUAUAUUCAAAUCUGUUAGUAUUCUUUUGGACUGCUUUCGGGACCCUCUUGACUACAGUAAGAGAUUUGUAUGUACAUUCUGAAGUUAGAAAGUGAAUAAAAGGCAAUUUUGUUAAUUUUUCAUCAACAUGUAACCAACGUCUUUGGUAAUUACUGUCCUCUCCUGUGAGAGCUUAACAGAGUUGAAUUCAUUUCCUCCCCAUUUUUCCUUCUCCAAAGCCCAAAUCCUGUCCAAAACACUCAGUGCAAGUAGCUGGACUUGAGUGCCAGGGAGCUACAUGAGGCAAUGAGGUCACGUGCAUCAGAGCAGCUCUGCAAUUGCUACUCCAGUCGAAAAGCCCAACAGUACAGUGCAAUUCUUCCUGUACAACCCCCGCCAAAUCCCAACCAAAUCAGGCGGGAUAACUACUCCAGUUCUAUCAUUUAGUCUUUGUGAUCCCGUUUGGAGGAGGAUGUUGCAGAGUGCACAAGGGAAUAACACUGCUUUAAGCAGUAGUAAUUUAAUGUUCCCUUUUCUGCAGAACCAAAAGAAGAGCUGCUAUGUAAGCCCUCCCCCCGCAUUCAAGUCCCUUCGUAAUAUUCACUUCUGCUGUGACACCUACAUAAAAUUAACCAAGUUAAGGCAUCCAUUUAGUGAAAACAAACAAAAAAUCUCUUUGCUAAGGCAAGCCAAGUACCAGUCCUCUGAAUAACCCUGUAAAUUGUUACUCCUGUCCUUGCCCUUUCUAUUGUCUUGCUUCUCCUUCAUUAUUCUCAAUGUCAUUCUGGGAUAUAUUAGCAGUAGUGUAGUAAGCAAGACACAAGAAGUAAUUCUUCCUCUCUACUCCACACUGAUUAGGCCUCAGCUGGAGUAUUGUGUCCAGUUCUGGACGCCACAUUUCAGGAAGGAUUUGGACAGAUUGGAGAAAGUCCAGAGAAGAGCAACAAAAAUGAUGAAAGGUCUAAAAAACAUGACCUAUGAGGGAAGAUUGAAAAAAUUGGGUUUGUUUAGUCUAGAAAAGAGAAGAAUCAGAGAGGACAUAACAGUUUUCAAGUACAUAAAAGAUUGUUACAAGGAGGGAGAAAAAUUGUUCUCCUUAACCUCUGAGGAUAGGACAAGAAGCAAAUGGGCUUACAUUGCAGCAAGGGUGGUUUAGGUUGGACAUUAAGAAAAACUUCCUCACUGUCAGGGUGGUUAAGCACUGGAAUAAAUUGCCCAGGGAGGUUGUGGAAUCUCCAUCAUUGGAAAUUUUUUAAGAGCCGGUUAGACAAACACGUGUCAGGGAUGGUCUAGAUAAUAUUUAUCUUGCCGUGAGUGCAGGGGACUGGACUAUAUGACCACUCGAGAUCCCUUCCAGUCCUAUGAAUCUGUGUCCUGUCCUGUGGAGUCUGUAAGCUCCUUGGAGCCGUUAUGGUGCCCUCUCUGUUCUGUUUUGGAUGCCAAUGAAAAUAAUGUCAUUUAGGUGCAGGGGGAAGAACUGCACUGGGCAGGCCCCUUGAGAGGUGGCUACACAGUGGUGAGGAUAACUUCUACAAUCUAUGUCUAUACCACAAGAAUUGCCUGUUGCUGAUAGUUGCUGCUAGCAAUGGAUGCGUUUGAACUGGUUCAAAAGCAGGCAUAGCCUGGGACAAAGCAUGGCUAACACAUACUCAGAGUUGUUAGGAAUAAAAUAUGCUCAACUCCCAAUAGCUUUGAAGCACAUUCUCUGAAACUGUUCUGAGCACAGUUUGUCCUGGAUCUGUACUUGAGGUUAGGUUCAAUUAUACCCACUGCUGACAUUUGUUGUCAGCAAUGCAUAGUUCCUGUAGUGUUCUGCCACUAUCUUCUGCAUGACACCACAGAGUUUUCAGUUUUGUUCUCCACUGUGCACCAUGGAGAGAGGAAUGUAGGUGUUCAGAUCAAGGAUCUUGUCCCAUAGAUCUAUUCUCUAGGGCCAAAUUGAAGUCAGAGGAGUGCCCUAUUGUGCAAACAAAAUUUUGACCCUUUUUGACUAGAAUUUGACCACUUAAACUCAUUUAAUGUCCCUAAUAAACAUGUAUCCUAUUCUGAGAGUUCUGCAACUAAACUACCCCCGAGCAAGGGGCAAUGCAUUUGUUGUGCUGUCCCUGGAGCAAGCUCAAAGACAGAGCAUGAUUCAGAGUCACAAUCUGCCUUCCAGAUACCCUUUGCUCUGAGGGGAAAGUACCAUGUGUCAAGUCCAUAAAUGGUACAGGGUAAUUCUGCCCUCCCUCCCCCUGCCCUGGUACACAGACAUAGCUACAACAGAUAAAAAUAUAGCAUUUGAAGUUGAAACAUUCCUACCCAAUGUGUAAUUUCUUAUUUCUACCUGCAGUCAAUUGAGAGAGAAUUUUAAAAUGGCACAAUCUGUCUCUAAGCUAAUUUUAUCUGUGUGCAGUGACUUGACACUUCCACUGUUGGGCCUUUGGAACUACAGAUAUAACUUCAGAGGGGUCAUUAUGUACUAAUGGCUUAUGACAUCCAAAAAGGAAAUGCAAAGUGACAGAUGGUGUAUAUUGCAGUAAUAACUCUGCCCUAUGAUUGUUUUCCAUCUUCUGUUCUUAACUAAAUACUAUCACUGAGUUAAUUACAUUGACUAUAUACCAAAAGGUAGGAGUGGUUAACAUGGAAACAUAUGUAGUUGAACUAUUGAUUAACAGAUAAAGAAGUUAUUAAAAUGGACUUUGAUCAGUGUCUGGCUUCAAUUUUAAUUCUGAAAAGUUAAUAACAGAACAGCAGGGUCUUUCCAUGGUAAAUCUCUGGUUUUAAAUAUGGCCUUGAAUGUGUAGUUAUAGCCAGUAAAUUAGUAUAUUUUUCAAAAGCCACUUGUAUAUUGUAAAUCCUAUGUUUACUUUGCUGACUAGAUCGUUCUAGUCUAAUUUAAAUUACUGUUUUACUCCAGCUAGCCCUGCAGAGCCAACACAACUUUCAGUGAAUGAAUUGGAUUUUAGUCUGAUUCGUACAUCAAUAGAAUUGUUGUCAUAUGUUUAAUCUUUACUACUUAUGAAAUCAGUGCUAGAAGGAAUCCGGUUGCGCACUCACAUUCCAUCUUGAGUUUGCAGAGAUGGAAGUCAGGAAGAAGUCUUGUAAAUGGAGCAGAUUUGCUCUGAAAAUCAUUGAGACGUAAUAAACAAGAAAUCUUGCGUGCGCGCACACACAAAAUCACCCAAAACAAAACCCCAAAGCAGUUACUUACCUGUUCUGUAGCUGCUGUUCUUUGAGCUGUGUGUGCAGAUGUGUAUUCCACUUAGGUGUGUUCGAGCGCACAAGAGUCAGACUUUUUCCCCACAGCAGUACCUGACGGGGUUGCACACGCACCCUAUGCAUCCUCCUGGCCCCUCCCAAGGCAAUACAAGCGCUGCCACUGCCCUAGCCCUCCAUCAGUUCCUUCACAGCAGAGCAGGUGGUUUAAGUCUCCAAUAUAGAGGGGACGGAGGGCGGGUCAUGGAAUACAUAUCUGCAUCCACAACUGGAAAGAAAACAGUUACACAAUAGGUAAGUAACUGUUUGUUUUUUCUUGUUCGUGUUGUUGCAGGCAUGUAUUCCACUUGGGUGACUCCCAAGCAGUACUGUUUGGAGGUAAGUUCAGAGCCUACUUGAAUAAUGAUUGAAAUACGACUUUGCAAAAGUUCACAUCCGAUCUAGAGGUGGUUGUGACCACAUAGUGCAAAGUAAAUGUAUUUACUGAGGACCCUACAGAUGUCCAGAAUGGAAACCUCCUCGAAGAAAGUAAUGGAUGCAUCCUGAGCCCUUGCAGAAUGGGCCAAGAGUCUUUGCGGAAGUGGAAUAUUGACUGCCCUGUAUGCCAUUGUAAUGCAAGAGGUUAUCGAAUGAGACCUCAUUUGUGCUGACACUGCCUUGGCCCUUCAUGUGAUCUACAUAAGACACAAAGUGACAAUAAGACUGUGUGAAGGACUUGGUCCUAUCCUAGUUAAAAGCCAGUGCUCUCCUGGCAUCUAACUUACGUGGAUGUUCCUCAUCUCUGUUAAUUUGCAGUUUGGGGAAGAAGACCAGAGAUGUAUUGUCUGGUUUAAAUGAAAAGCUGACGCAACUGUAGAUAAAAACUUCAGGUGUGGUCAUAAGGCUACUUUGUCUUUGAAGAGUACUGUGUAAGGAGGACCUGCCUGUGACGCUGGCAGAUCAGGUGCCAGCUUAUGCCAAGGUCCCCGUGCCUAACUUGAAUACUGACAGACAAAUAGCGGGACUCAGUCUGUUUCACGUGUGUGUUAGUAUUGUUAAAAUAGGUAUUAGACUUAUAAACAUGUUUAGUGUUUAGACUUUAUUGAAUGCUUGAAAGUUGCUGCAUGCAGUAAUCCCGCUUGUAACAUUUGUAUGCCAUAUUGUAAAGUAAUAUUUAAGCAUUUGCAUUGGAAGCCUCUGUAACCAUAUAAACCAUAUAACCAGACAGGAGAGAGACAUUGUGUGAAAUACAGAAGGUGUUAUGUCCUGCCCCAAGAGGAAAGCCCAUCAACACCAGACAAACUGUUGUGAAACAUCAAAAAAGACAAAAGACUUUAUUUGCUCCCGCGGCUCCUCCCUCUCCCCCACAAUGAAGAGGAGACAUACAAAAGAAUUGUUCCCAUCAGCUGAGUUGGCAGUUUGAAGCAGUAUGGGGGAAGGGAGGAAAACCCCCUAACAAGGAGGAACUGCAACUCUGCGCUGCUUGGACUCUUGAGGGCAAGGUUUUCUGGGCAUAAGCAAGAGAUCCCUGGAUUAGCCCUGAAGGACAUAUAGGGCUUGCUUAUUAUAGAAGCUGCUAUUACCUUUUGAACUUAAAGAUUGGAACUCAUUUGUGUGCAUGUUUAUUUACCUGCUUUAAUGUUGUAAAUAACUCUCGUUUCCUUUUAAAUAAAUCUUUAUAUAGUUUAUUA